AGGAGUCAACUUUUCUGGGAUCGCAAGAAGCGAAAAUUCCGCAAAAUUCUGCUGUGCUAUCGUGGAGGUUUGGCAGCAGAAAUAAAGAAAAGUCGGAAUAAUAGGUGCACUCUAUUGUUCGCUGUGCGCGCACCCGCUAUCCAUUUAUCCGGUGCCUCGUGUGUUAAUCGGGGUUGGAUGUAACGCGUUCCCGGGGUAGGUUCCCCAGCGUGAUAAUUAAAAGAGCUGUGCCGUUCGGUGAAGAAUCCUCCCGGUAUCGACCAAGGAAAAGGCCGCGUAGGAGUUUACCAAUCGGCGAAAAGGGAGUUCCUCCAAAACGGUGCUAUUUCCUAGCCGGAUAUUGGCUGCAUUGUGUUUCUGCCGCAAGAAGGCGAUUUUUAUCGUAUCUUUCACGCGCUUGUGUAUGUGUCAGUGCAUGUGUGCACAUGUGAAGUUUGUAUGUGUGUGUGUGCGUUGGUUCGGUUGUGCGUGAGUUAAAAAAGUGUAUCGUAAAGGCAGUGUCGAAAGCGGGUCGCACAGUGUCGUCGUCCUCCUAGCUUCCUCCCACGGGGACUACAGUAGCAGCUUCUUGCAACAGCGGCCCAACAUCGGGUUUUCGAGGCAAAGUGAUUUUAUAAUUAAUUUGUUUGUGUAUCGGAAGCGGACGGUGUAAACGACGGCACCCGUUGACGCCGACGAUCGUGAGAUCACGCAAAAGGAGUGGCAAAACAAGCAGCAGAAAACCGCCGAAUUAAGAAGCUCAACUGGACCGCGAAGUGAACCAGAAGUCGUCACACGUUUUGGGCCCAUUUCCGUGUGCACAACAACUCUGCUAGAGGAGAAAAAUAUCCAAGCAAACUUGACGUAACCCGGGCAAAGGCACUUUGCCAGUUGGAUGAGCAAAAAUGAUUCUGCUGGAGAUCAACAACAGGAUUGUGGAGGAAACGCUUACAGUGAAGUUCAAAAAUGCAAUCGCAGGCAACAAGGCGGAAUCCAUCGAUGUGACGGUAGCAGACUUCGACGGAGUACUAUUUCACAUUUCCAACAUAAAUGGUGACAAAACGAAAGUGCGAACGAGCAUAUCGCUAAAGUUCUACAAGCAACUGCAGGAACAUGGUGCCGAUGAGCUGCUAAAGCGCGAAUAUGGCGAUCUGCUAGUUGCGCCCGAAGACGGCUACAACGUGUCGGUGCUGGUCGAUCUGGAAAACAUUCCGGAAAAUUGGGAAGAAACGGUGCGAAAGAUCGGACUGCUGAAGCGAAACUGUUUCGCGUCCGUGUUCGAGAAGUAUUUCGACUUCCAGUCGCAGGGCGAAGGGGAAGGCGAAGGACAAAAACGGGCAGUGAUCAACUAUCGGAAUGAUGAAACUAUGUAUGUUGAAGCCAAACCGGAUCGCGUAACGGUCGUGUUUAGUACGAUAUUCCGUGACGAGGAUGACGUAGUGUUAGGUAAAGUGUUCAUGCAGGAGCUGCGCGAAGGCCGAAGAGCUUCACACACAGCACCACAAGUAUUAUUCUCCCAUCGGGAGCCACCACUGGAGCUGGCCAAUACGGGUGCAAGAGUCGGUGAAAACAUAGGCUACGUUACGUUCGUACUAUUCCCAAGGCACACCGCGAAAGAAACGCGCGAUAAUACGAUCAAUUUAAUUCACAUGUUCCGUGAUUAUUUGCAUUAUCAUAUUAAGUGUUCGAAAGCUUACAUCCACUCCCGAAUGCGUGCAAAGACGUCGGAAUUUUUAAAGGUGCUCAAUCGCGCACGACCGGAGCCAAAAAUUACGGAAAAGAAAACAAUAACCGGUCGAACAUUCAUCAGAAAAGAAUGAUUGUGGAACAUGCCGGACGUCUAGUUGUUAAAUGUGUAAGUAUUCAAACGAACCUAAUAAAAUGGAAAAGUGUAAGGAAAAAUUGAAGGCAAUGGAGAAAAAGAAGGAAAAUAAAAAUUGCAAAUAGUAUGCAAAGGUAAACAUGAAUUCAAGGAUGAAUUUACGCACCUUGAUUCACAUGGUAUUCAAAUUCUAAUGAGAAUGCUGGGAUCAUUUCAAGCUGACACAAAAACGAAAUCUUCAAUAUGAGUAAAAUGAUCCAGAGAUGGUCCCAACGUUCUGACUGGAUCUCGAAAACCACCCUGCAUUAGGUACUACAUCUCCGUUCCGUGAAAAUUCGUAACACAAGAAACCUCUAGUUAUAGUUGUUUCUUAUGACUGUGAGUCAUGGUAGAGAAGAGUCUGUGUCCUCGUACAUGGUAUAAUGGCCAAUGAAUAGUAAUUGCAUAAAACCUUGAAAGGUGCAAAGCAUAACAUCAACCACUGUAGCUGUUUGAGGUAAAGCAGGAGUCCGCACCAUGCCAAUACACAUUUGAUAGCAAAAAGAAAAAAAAAAUAGUCGAAAAUAUACUCUAUCGAAACGUACAGAGACGCAAACAUAUACACAGUCAGUAGCAUUCAUUCUUAAUCGUCGCUGCCAAUGGAAACAAAUAAAAGUGUAUAAAAAUUAGAAGUCACUGACGUUUAGCCGUGGUCAAAAACGGGAAAUGAAGCAAAAUUUAUGACAUUAAAAAAGGAGAAAAGGAAACAACACUAACAAGGCUUUCAAAAACAAAAAAGAGGGAAGGAGAAAAGGUGAGCUACUAGUAAGGCGGUAAGAAAUGUACUACUAAGCUAAAUAUAACUAAUUUUAUAAAAGAAGAAAUACCGUAGGAAACUGAGAAGAGCCCAGCCCAGCAUAACGCGAUAUAUGAAGGAACAAACAGGUUCUAGCUGGCAUUUGUAUUAGUGUGUUAUUCCCGGCUAAUGGAUCACCGUUUGGCUCUGUCGUGUGUGUUCACGCCUGUAGGUGUGCAAGUAAUAUGUUUUUUUAAAUUAACGGUCAAUCGACGAGAUCUUGGAGAUUUGCAAACUUUCAGGCGCUGUGCAUCCAAGACAUUCCUGGGGAUGAUCGCGAGCGCGGGGGUUUAAUGCAGUUAUGCCAACGCAUUUAUUAACAGCAAUGCACGCUCCUAAUGCACCUUUACACAAUAGGUCACAUUUAGGGUUUAAAAUUCAUGCGUACGAUUGUUAGUGCUGUGAAGGGUCGGAAAAGUAUCCCUCGAAACAGUGCUCGCAAAACAAACGCAAACAAAAAUCGCACAAACGAAGAUCAAAACGUUAACCAUGCUUGGGGUUAGGUUCCGUUGUGUGAAUGAAUGCAGUAAACACAUAACACUAAUCAAUUCACUAAUCAAUUGCGUAACGAGAUCAAAAGAAGAUAGCUGUUACAUGCCGGUACACGGCAGAAGGAGAGGAAAGAGAUCGUUUGUUACAAAACCGUACCAUCUUUGAAUGCUAAGAAUGAGGAGAACGAACAAAGUCGUUUAAAAUGAAAAGAAAAUCUAGCAUAUUAUAAGUAUUUCACCCAUCUGGGUAUGCGGUGAGCUAAACCGAAGUAAGUGACUUCGGGAGAGGAAAGUGAAGCGGAAUGAAUGCAAUACUAAUUAAUGAACGAGUUGUGGUAUGCAAGCGCUGUUGUAAAGCAAACUCUGGUGUACUAGAAAUUGAGGGAGUGUGUGUGUCUGUGUGGACAUAGAUUGUUUUCCUCGUAAAAUUUUACCAAACUACACAAGAAACGUUGUUUACUAUUAACUACUACUGCUAAUAUUAUUAUUAUUAUUAGUAGCCUUUAGUGCGACACAAAGCAAAAAGCGCCAGGAACAACAAACAUGACUAAACACAGGUGGCAGAACGGAGAAUAAAUAGUAGGAAAGAGCGAGUUAUGAAACUACGAGUUAGUUAAGCAAUGGAUCCUCAUUUAAAGGUAGUGUUCGUUCUCUGGUGAGAGAUUCAGGGUGGAUUGGAAUGCCCAUUUUGACCGAGUGCUACCUUAUUACCCUCCUCCUUCACGGGAUCGAGCUUUUGACGAUCGGGUGACCGGGUCGAUCGUAUUCUUCCAGUUGUUUGUAGUGUUGUAGAGAGAAACAAUGGGUGCGUGUAAUUGCGGUUUAGCAACCGACGGUAUCAUACCGGGCGAACAUAACUAAGAGUGAAAGCUGAUGUGCAUUUAUUAAUUCCGGACAAGCAGCAAACAACUAAAAUCUAUUCUUUCCUUUUCAUCAUUCCGGUUUCUGAUAUGUAAUAGAAUGCAAACGAUCGCAAAAGAGACGAGCCCUUUUAAAGGGCGAGCUAUGGGCGAUCCUCCUGUGCGUGUACGUGUGCUCACAUGGCGCCAAAUGCAUGAACCACGUGCAGCAAAUGUGUAAAGACCGGUAAAAUCCUUCAUUGUAAAAUAGCUUUCCUUUAUAGCUAGCUAGCGAGAAAGAACGCGAUUAUAAAUUGAUUACAGUAGUGUUCGGACACAUGUUUCUUCCGUUUCUGUUUGGUACAGUACGCGCGAAAACGUUCUUCAAAUUCUUAAUAAAAGUUGGAGAAAGAAAGGAUAUGAUCGUGACAAGGAAUCGUGUAUGUGGAUUGUGGGUGGUGGCGGUCGAUGAGCAAACGCACCCUUCAUGUCACCGUGACAAACAAACUCGUUAAUACGCGACGCACCGCAUCUGCGCCAAUCUGUUGGUAAGCUCAAACCAAUGCUUAGGAAAAAAGGAACUGUUUUAAUAUCCAGGUGGAUUACUCGAUGAAGUCCCCAGUAGCAUAUGUGUUCCCCGAACCGUCGGAGUGGAACCGAGUCACGACAGGUUAAUGUUAGGAGAAGGAAGAAUUAAAAUUAAAAAAGCGACAAAACACAGAGCUCCAAAAAUGCAUUGAAAAAAAAAACUGGCAACAAUCUUCAAUA